CCACUUUCGGAGCUCAACCAAUCACGUUCUUCAAAACAUUCAGCGGGAGAAACGGAACAGUACAGAGAGUUUAGGGAAGAAAAAACAAGGCAUUUUGCGGAACUAGUGACAAUUUGUGAUCUUAAAUCGUGUCAACCAGCUAAUGAGAUAGAUUAUUGUGGGUUGACAACAGAAGAAUGCGGCGAUCAGGAGCUCCCAGCCAGCUCCUGGGUAAUGCAGUGAAAAAGCCACGGUUUAUGCCUCCUGGAGCAUGCACUGCAGCUGAAUCCAAGCCCCUCACUCCCAAAUUUGGUUUGGGCAAUGCACUCCAAAAGGUUCAGCGAAGUCUAGCAGCACCAGUUCUGAGUAAAACGGAUGAUGAGGUCCAGCCCAAAGUGGCCCAGGCUGCCCCAGGCUUGUCGAGGGUUCUAGCUCGUGUUCUUAAUGCAGUGGACAGUAAGGAAAAUGAGGCUGAGACAGGACAUCCUUGCACUGACUUGGAUAAUACAAAAGACAUCAAACCAGCAGGAGCGAAUGGUUAUCCUCACUUGACUCCUGGGUCACCUCUAACCCCUCAGCCUUCAGUGGGGUCAGCAUGCCUCGCUGGAGCUGCAGGUUCAGACUCUGGCUGCAGUCAGGAUGGAGCGCGUUACUUCAGUGUGGUGUGGUGUAAGGCCAGUAAGAAGAAGCACAAGCGCUGGGAGGGCGAUGCGGUCCUGGUUACAAGAGGACGCACAGCCACACUGAAGGACAUGGAGGGCAAGGACAUUGGCAAGGGAAGUGGCUACAAGGUGUCCGUGUUGGCCUCCCUGUCUGAGGGAGAGACCCUGAUGAUUGGAGGGAAGGAGGUGGAGGUGAUGGGGAUCAUUUCUGCUGAGGACUUUGCCAGGGGACGUUGUUUUCUAGAUGUCCAGGUAGAGAAAGAGGAGCCGCAAACAAAGUCCGUUCCACCUCCCUCUCGUCGCUUGGCAUCCAAACCUUUCUGCCCCCCAACGAUGGUUGGAAAAGCAAAUCAACUAGGAUGCAAACCAGAGGAGGAACAAACCUGCAGACCUCGCCAUGACCCACUGGCUCCAGGCGCAUUGGUGAUGCCUCGUCCCUCUCCUAACCACCAGUGGUCUAACAACAAGUCCGGACUUCCUGUGGUUGAUGUUGUCGUUGACCCUCACCUGACCAGUCACCUGCGACCCCACCAGAGAGACGGCCUGCUCUUUCUCUACGAGUGUGUCAUGGGCCUGAGAGCUGUGGGACGCUAUGGAGCUAUCCUGGCUGACGAGAUGGGUCUGGGGAAGACCCUCCAGAGCGUGGCGCUGUCCUGGACGUUGCUCAAACAAGGACCCUAUGGUGGGAAACCAGUUGCGAAGCGUGUCUUAGUGGUCACACCUGGCAGCCUUGUGCAGAACUGGGGUGCAGAGUUCAACAAGUGGCUCGGCCGUGAAAGGAUCAGUGUUUUCACUGUGGAUCAGGACCACAGGGUGGAGCAGUUUGUGUUGUCCCCGCUCCACAGUGUUCUUGUGAUCAGCUAUGAAAUGCUGCUGCGCAGUCUGGAGCAGAUACAGAAAGUGGAUUUCGGUCUUGUCAUUUGUGACGAGGGCCACAGGUUAAAGAACAGCAGCAUCAAAACGUCCUCAGCCCUCAGCAGCCUGAGCUGUCAACGCAGAGUCAUACUAACAGGCACCCCAGUACAGAACGACCUGCAGGAGUUCUACGCUAUUAUUGAGUUUGUCAACCCGGGGAUUCUUGGGUCGUCAACAGGGUACAGGAAAGUGUAUGAGGAGCCUAUUCUGCGCUCCAGACAGCCCUCCUGCAAAGAGGAGGAGAGGGUUUUAGGAGAGGAGCGAGCAGCAGAGCUCUCUCGCUUGACGGGCAUGUUCAUCCUGAGACGGACACAGGAGAUCAUAAACCGCUACCUGCCUCCUCGUCUCGACUGGACCCUGUUCUGCGAGCCGUCGCCUCUCCAGCUUGAUCUGUACAAGCAACUCCUCUGCCACAGAGUCUUCAGAGCCUGCCUCCAGAGCUCCACGCAAACUCACACACACCUGGCCUGCAUCACUGCACUCAAGAAGCUCUGUAACCAUCCUGGCCUGCUCCACUCAACUGUGAAGGAAAGAAAAGACAAUGGUUCAGACGAGAGCUCUUUAUACGAGGGCCUGGUCGAGUUCUUCCCAGAAUCCUACUCCUCAGGUGGAUUCAACACUGCUGACUCUGGAAAACUCCUGGUUCUAUCAGACCUGCUGACCGCCAUCAGACAACUCAGCCCCUCAGACAGGGUGGUCAUAGUGUCCAACUAUACUAAGACACUCGACAUGCUCCAGGACUUAUGUGCACACAUGGGCUACACCUUCUGCCGGCUCGAUGGACACACCCCCACCAACCAACGACAACGGCUGGUUGACAAUUUCAACAGUCCCUAUUCUCAAAACUUCCUGUUCCUGCUGAGCUCCAAAGCAGGUGGGGUGGGGCUUAACCUGGUGGGUGCUUCCCAUCUGGUGCUUUAUGAUAUUGACUGGAACCCUGCCAAUGACAUUCAGGCCAUGGCUCGAGUAUGGAGAGAUGGACAGAAGAAGACUGUGCACAUCUAUCGUCUCCUCACAGCCGGCACUAUCGAGGAGCGUAUUUUCCAGAGACAGGUGUCCAAACAGGGGCUUUCUGGGACGGUGGUUGACCUGGGCAAAGGGGCAGAUCACACCAGCUUCUCCACCAGUGAGCUGCGAGAUCUUUUCAGCCUGACAGACACACCCUCUCUGACACACGACCUGCUGAACUGCAGCUGCAGCAUGGACGGCUCCGUCCAGGCUGUUGUGGAGGAGGAGGAGCAGGUUUCUGAUAGGCCGUGCCAGCUUGGUCGCCAAGGUGACCGCGGGGGGGCAGCACAGAAACAUCUGAGCAUGUCCGAGCUGAUGCAGUGGAGACAUUUCUCUGGUGACACACACACCUUCUUGGACCCCUACCUUGAUCACGCACAAAACCACAUCACCUUCGCCUUCCAGACCACCAUCUCUCACAUGGCUCACUAAGCACGCAUGAGAUUACACUGUAGAUACGGAUGACUCACACAGACAAACACAUAUAUUUCUUCUGCGUGUUUGUCUUCAGGCCUUCUGGGCUUUGUCCACAUCCUGGCUCCAACAUAUGUCUAAAACACACAGAGGUUCCAGCAGUUUUGAGUGACUGUUUGUGAGAUUCUGCUUUUGUCUUGAAUGCUUCUUUAUUUAUUCAAAGACAUUUUCAAUAAAACUUUAUUAAAUAAAUGAAAUUUAAAAGGUAUGUGUAAUAAACAAGCUUUUAAGGAGUUGCACAUUGUUUAUUGACUGAAGAUACCCUCCUGGGGAGAGCAAAGCAUUUUUUUGAUUUUUGAUGAAUCUAGCAGGUUGAAAGAGUGCCAGCGCCAGUCAUUAGCCUGAGGUUUUGUGCUGUAUGUUAUGUGGCGACCUUGUGAAAUCGGCAGAGAUUUUUGGUGUCUGUCAUUCUUCAGUCUGUUAUUUUACACUGGCCUUUUUAUGCGCUUCAACAAAAAGCUGCUGCGUGGGGGUUACGUGGCUGUUUGUUUCUCUGUGUGUGUGCGCACCCUUUAUUGGCAUGUGGUUAGUGCUCUGGUCUGUCAGCUUGACUGAGCUCCAGCACAAUGCAUCUUUACAUAAACAUUGUAAUUAUUAUUUAUUGGAUGAUCAGCACUCUGCAUGAUUGUUAAGCAAUUCUGUUGUAUAAUAAAUGGGUCUCUGGGA